CUAUAGCGGCGGCGGGGGCGGCGGGGCCGUGAGCGGCGCCAAGCCCGGGAAGAAGACCCGGGGCCGGGUGAAGAUCAAGAUGGAGUUCAUCGACAACAAGCUGCGGCGCUACACCACCUUCAGCAAGAGGAAGACCGGCAUCAUGAAGAAGGCCUACGAGCUCUCCACGCUGACUGGCACCCAAGUUUUGCUGUUGGUGGCCAGCGAGACGGGCCAUGUGUACACGUUUGCCACCCGGAAGCUGCAGCCCAUGAUCACCAGCGAGACAGGGAAGGCGUUGAUCCAAACUUGCCUCAAUUCCCCGGAYUCGCCCCCACGCUCGGACCCCACCACUGACCAGCGCAUGAGUGCCACUGGUUUCGAGGAGACGGACCUCACCUACCAGGUGUCUGAGUCGGACAGCAGUGGGGAGACCAAGGAUGCCCUGAAACCCGCGUUCACUGUCACCAACCUGCCGGGAACAACGUCCAUCCAGACAGCCCCUACCACCUCGACCUCCAUGCAGGUCAGCAGUGGCCCGUCAUUCCCCAUCACUAAUUACCUGGCGCCAGUGUCUGCCAGCAUCAGCCCCAAUGCCGUCACCAGUGCCAACGGGACCGUGCUGAAGACUACUGGAGCCAGCGCAGUGACGUCUGGGGGCCUCAUGCCGAUACCCACUGGCUUCACCCUCAUGUCAGGUGCUUCCCUUUCUCCGGGGACCCCUACCAUUCCUCUCACUCAGUUACAGCCGCACUCCCUGGCUCUUUCCAGCCAGCAGGGCCAGGUGGUCACUGGUACAGCUGGACAGCUACAGCAGGCACAGCAGACAGUCUUCCACUUCCCUGCCAGAGCUGGAGGGCAGAUCGUGUCGCUGGCAGGUGGUACCAUGGCUCAGCAGGUUCCAGUCCAGGCAAUCCAGGUGCACCAGGCACCGCAGCAAACGUCUCCCUCUAGUGACAGCAGCACUGACCUUACCCAGACCUCUUCCAGCGGAACAGUGACCCUCCCAGCGACCAUCAUGACGUCGUCUGUGCCAACCACCGUGGGCGGCCACAUGAUGUACCCCAGCCCGCACGCGGUGAUGUACGCGCCCACCUCCGGCCUGGCCGACGGCGGGCUCGCGGUGCUCAACGCUUUCCCACAGGCGCCCUCAGCGAUGCAGGUGUCCCACGGCCAGGUCCAGGAUCAGGGUGGCGUCCCCCAGGUGUUCCUGACAGCCCCAUCAGGCACUGUUCAGAUCCCAGUCUCAGCUGUCCAGCUUCACCAGAUGGCUGUCAUCGGGCAGCAGAGCAGCAGUGGCAGCAGCCUGACGGAGCUGCAGGUGGUCAACUUGGACACCUCACACAGCGCCAAGAGUGACUGAGAGGCCUCUGCUGCCGGCCUUCUGUUUCUGGCUUGUCACGCCAGUGUCRGGGCUGGCAGCAAUUCCUUCUCGUACAGACUGCACCAGUUAUUUAUUGUUGCCUUUUCACGUUUCCUUCAUCCACACAUGCACACACACACACGCACUCACCCACCCUCACACACACAGGCAUGCGCGUGGGGCUGCAGGACCCACCCGGGGUGGAGCCGUGCUGGGGCCGUGCAGGGCUUGGGGCGUUUGGAUGCUGCAAUAGCUGUGCUUGUCUCACGCCAGCCAAAGAAACUUGUCUCUUGAGGGGAGGAUUGCUCUGCACUGUAAAUAAAUACUGCAGRCCGUUCCCAGCUGGAGGCCCUGGCUCCCUCUGGGUGCUCCGAGUCACCUUUCCCGUGAGUAUUUACUCGGCGUGGGGCUCAGCUUAGACCCGGAGCCKUCGUGCAGGUGCAGCGUGGAGCAGAGUGGGUUGUGGCUGUGCCGCUGGCCUCAGCAAUGUGCCUUUGUGGGGGUGACAGGUCCUGGCCGCAGCAACUCACCCUGGGCUCCGGACAGGAGAAAGGGGCCAGCUUGCAUGUGCAUCUCCGGGCCUGCACGCCCUCUCACCGGAGGGCAGGGCACAGCUGGUGGCCCGUGGCCCUGUCCUCCUCGUAUGCACUACAGUGAGCCCUCUGCCCUCAGUGCCUCCUCGCUGGGCUGCCUGGCAGAUUUUCAGCCUGACUGGCCCUGCCCCGGCRGCUGCCCUUGCACAGAUGAGGUGGUCGGUAGAUGCCCAGGAACACAAAGGUGCCCUGGAGAGCUCCUCGGGGGCCCWGUGCUCUGCUCAGCCCCACACUCUCAGCCCUCGCACCGCUUCUGGACUCCAUACACCCAGGGGAACGUGGCUGGGUCUUUCCUACAUCCCCCUGCAGCUCCAGCCGGCGCAUUCUAAAUUUCUGUGUCUGAUGCAAGGUGGAGAAACAACUCAAAUGUCAAAGGGAAGAGCCCACGGGGCACUGAGCUGCUCGGCAGGUGGCAGGCUCUUCCUCUGAGCACCAGGGUGACCUGCAGGCCAUCCUGGGCUGUGGGGGGAGCAGCUGCAAUGCCUSUACAGGCUCAGCAAGGCUGGGGGAGAAGGGCUGGGGCACGCUUGGUCCUGCAUGGGAGUUGCUGUGAAUGGCUCUGCUACCUAGCCCUGUCCCUGGAGGGAGAGUGAGCAAGUGAGAGAAGCUGCUGAAUCCUUAGGGGA